UAAUAGAGAUAUUGUUUGUCCAUCAAUGCUUAGGCUGCAGUGUGCUAUCCUUGUUUCUGCCUUGUUGUUCCAGUAGCCAUAACAGGAAACUGUCUCCGGGUGCUAGCUGAGCUUAGCUUCAGAGCUAAACGACGUGUUGAGAAUCUGUGCAGUGUGUUUCUCGAGUGAACGUGGCUGCGUGUGUGUUCGUCCGCUUCUCGUUCGCGUGGCAGUGGAUUGUCCCUGCCAUGACGACGCAGCCACAGAUGAAUACUCAAGCAGGCCGUUGUUAUGGCGAUGUCAAAUGCAAAAGGUGACUCCCAGCUCUCAUAAUGGCCACCUCAGGCUAUGUAGGUGAGAUCCAGUCACCAGCCCAGCCCCAGAGCACAAGUGUCACUGUCACACCUGGGCAAACUGAUGCCAUUUCCACUCCUGCAAUUGCCUCCCAGUUCCUGGCUGAGAUUCAGACAACAGUGACCACGCCCACUGUUGUCACACCCACAGGCCAAACUCCUCCCCCUGAACAAGCCACUUCUAUCUCUGCUCAGAAGCCUGCACCUGGAACUCAAGCUCCAUCCACAGCACAGACCCAGCCUGCUCAGACUCAGUACGUGACGGCAGAAAUCCAGGGCUCCCCUGUCCAGUCUGGAGGGGCUCAAUCUGCUCCUCAGUACAUUGUUGUUACAGUUACAGAGGGCUCCCUUCACUCAAAUGACAGUGUGUCAGACUCCAGUUCACCCCCAGCUGUGGUGCAGACAGGAGUUCCUACACAGGUUGUUCAGCAAGUACAGACAGCUCAACAGAGAUCAGUGGUACAAGCAACUUCUCAAAUAGCAAAGACUGAGCCAGGAACCCAGCUCAGUGUCACCAGUCUGCAGCCAGUUCAUAUUAGCCAGGAGCAGCUCACAGCAGUGCCAGUCCAACAUGUUUACACAAAUCAAGUGCAGUAUGUUGAAGGAGGGGACACCAACUACACCACCAGCACCAUUCGCUCCAGCACCUUCCCUUACACUGACUCCACCCUCUACACCCAGACCACAGCUGCCCAGUACUAUGAAGGUCAACCGACUACAGGCACACAGGCCUCAACUCCUGGAACACCUCUCACUGUCUCAGUGACUGCCGGCACCACCGGGGGUGUGUCCAUGUUUGUUGCCCAGCCUGCGAGUGCUGCGGCUGGAGGGGCCACAGUGGUGACCACAGGGGGCACCACCAAUGGGGCUGGGGAUGGGGCAGGCAACAGUGGGGGCACAGCAGGCAGCUAUGUGAUCCAGGGGGGUUACAUGUUGGGCGGUGGCGGCAGCAGCAACAGCAGCAGCAGCACCACCACCAGUAGCGGAGGGGCAGCUGGCAACAGUCAGAACUAUUCACACACUGCCCGCGCCUCCCCGGCCACUGUGAGUAUUACAGAGGGCGAGGAGAGUAGCGUGCCGUCGGCAGACAAGAAGGUACAGUGGUUGCUGGACAACUAUGAAACAGCUGAAGGUGUGAGUCUGCCACGUUCCACCCUCUACUGCCAUUAUCUGCUGCACUGCCAGGAGCAGAAACUAGAGCCUGUUAACGCUGCGUCUUUUGGGAAACUCAUCAGAUCUGUGUUCAUGGGGCUACGUACACGUCGCCUUGGCACACGAGGUAAUUCAAAAUACCACUACUAUGGACUGAGGAUCAAGGCCGGCUCAUCUCUUGUGCGUCUGAUGGAAGAUCAACAGCAUCUGGCCAUGAGGCAGCAGCCCUUCUCACAGAAACAGAGGUUGAAGCCGGUCCAUAAAGUGGAAGGAAUGACCAAUGGCACAGCUUCAGGAGCCGGCCAGCAGCAGCAACAGCCGCAGGGUUCAGGGCAUGUGGACAUCAGCACCCAGGUCCAACAGUACCAGCAGUUCCUAGAUGCCUCUAGAGCUCUCCCAGAGUUCACAGAAAUCGACCUCCAAGGGAAGGCGCUGCCAGAGGGCAUUGAACUGGAGCACAUAAAGAGCUUUCAGCUGCUGUACAGAGAACACUGUGAGGCCAUACUGGACGUCAUGGUCAACCUGCAGUUUACCCUGGUGGAGACGCUGUGGAAGACUUUCUGGAGGUUCAGCCAAAGCCAGGCUGGAGACGCUGCAUUGUCUGUAGUGUGUCCCGACAGUCAUGACGAGUCAGAGAAGCGUCUUCCUAAGGCCUGCCUGGUGUUGUUGUGCAAGUACGAGCCUGUGCUGCGCUGGAGUCGUGACUGCGACAACAGCUUGUACCAGGGUCUGGUGGAGAUCCUCAUCCCUGAUGUCCUUAGGCCUAUCCCCAGUGCCUUAACUCAAGCCAUCCGCAACUUUGCCAAGAGCCUAGAGAGUUGGCUGACUAAUGCCAUGAUGAACAUUCCAGAAGAAAUGGUCCGCAUUAAGGUUACUUCAGCCAAUGCCUUUGCACAGACGUUGCGUCGCUACACAAGUCUAAACCACCUCGCCCAGGCCGCCCGUGCUGUCCUGCAGAACACAGCCCAGAUUAAUCAGAUGCUCUCCGACCUCAACCGCGUUGACUUUGCCAAUGUUCAGGAACAGGCAUCAUGGGUGUGUCGCUGUGAAGACCGGGUAGUCCAGAGGCUGGAACAGGACUUCAAGUUAACCCUUCAGCAGCAGAACUCCCUGGAGCAGUGGGCUGCAUGGCUGGACGGUGUGGUGUCCCAAGUUCUAAAGCCCUAUCAACAAAGCCCUGCCUUCCCGAAGGCUGCAAAGCUCUUCCUGCUCAAGUGGUCCUUCUACAGUUCCAUGGUAAUAAGGGACUUGACCCUGCGAAGUGCAGCUAGUUUCGGUUCCUUUCAUUUGAUCCGCUUGCUGUACGAUGAGUACAUGUAUUAUCUGAUUGAGCACAGGGUGGCUCAGGCCAAAGGAGAGACCCCCAUUGCAGUAAUGGGAGAGUUUGCAAGUCUGGGCCGGGGUCUGACUCAGCUGGAUCCUGACAAAGAAGAGGAUGAAGAAGAGGAUGAGGAGAGUGACGAUGAAGGUCAGGAGCUGUCACUUCCCUCAGAUGGUGCCGUCCUCGGAGAGGAGUCUCUGGAGCCGCCUGCAAAGCUGGCCAGAACUGACCAGAGAGUGCUGUUCACUACAGGGUCAGCUGACAACUAACUGCUGAGAAACGUCGUUAGAUGUCACUCAGUUGUAUUGGUCAAAUAAACACACACAAACACAUAAUUUAUACCCUCGACACAUGUAAAUAGACCCUGAAAAUGUGUGUAUUUGUGUGUGCAAACCUUUGCUGCAUAUGUAAAUGUCCCUCUCAUUUACACACACACAUACAUACACACCCAAACACAAUCAAAACAAACUGCUGCUGUCUGGAUGAUGCAACUACCUGUUGGCACAGAUUCUUUUCAACACAAAAUCACUGGCGUUGCAAAAGGAUGUGGUUCUAAAAGCAGACCGUCAGUCUAAGGAGGAAACCUACGUUUUAAUCUCAGUUAAAUGCUUUUUUUUUUUUUUUUUUUUUUAAACAAAGAAAUCAUGCCAGGAUUAUGUGUGUGUUUUGGAAUUAUUUUUUUUCUGAUAACAUUUGCAAUGCAUCCAGUAGCCUUGCUGUCUCCUGGCUGAAUAUCUUCGGCCCUCGCACCCCAAAUUGUCACUGCCGAACAAGUCAUUAUGAGAAUACUGUGAUGUGUGUUUGUGUUUUGACAAAAUAUACCACUUGGUUGAUUUACUAAAUCAACUCUGAUUGAUUUAGUUGGUGAACAUGUUUGUGAAAAACAGCAGGAUGUGUGUGUGUGUGUGUGUGUUUGUGUAUGUAUCUUUUUGUUUAAAAUCCAACGUUCUGCUGUUAAACUGACUUGAUCAUUGCUCGGUGUGUGUUUGUUUGUGUGUCUGGCUGGGUGAUAGUAGCUUGUGUUGAUUUUGUUUACCUCUGUAGAUAUUUUCUUAAGCGUUUAAACAUUGAUUUUGAAGAUGUUUCUGUUUUCAGUUUGACUUAAUUUGCCUGUAAAGAAAGAGGUUCUCCGAGUGCCUGCCACAGCCUGUCUUUGUUAAGGUGAAAGUACAGCUGUGAUUUUUGGGGUUUCUGUGAUUCUUAUUAGUUGCUGCAACAAAAUCAUGUUUCUUUUAUUGAACACCUAAGAGUGGUACCCCCAGCCCCCUCCCUUGUGUCAUACAGUAUAUUUAAAAGUACUUCAUCCCUGUCCACCCAGAAAGUUCCUAAGUUGCCUUGAUUUCCUUUCACUGUUAUUUUCCUGCCUUCUCCGUCUGUGUGCCAAAUUUCCUUUUAAUUCCUCAUCCUGUCAUUUACAGAUUAUAUGUUCUGAGGUCUGCCUGAGUAAAAACAGUGAUAUUCUCCACUGUAUAUUUACCCACUGUUUAGACUUUAGUUGUCGCUAAGAAAACCUCCUGUGCCGUGUUAUCACACAUUCUUACCAGCCUUUUUGUGCAUUAUUGACUUCACCUUCAGUCCCUGUUAUUCCUUGUGGCAAAGACACUGCAUCUUUCUGUGUCCCAUUCCAAUGUUUUCAUAGGUUAUUUUGAAUUUCCGUGCAUCGUGCACCUUUAAGUGUUAUCAAAAAAGUAUGAAGAUCAAACUGCUGACCAUUCUGUCCUCCAUUGAAAGUCAUUUCCCUACUGUCCUCCGCCCUGCCAAUUGUUGAUUUCUUUUGUAUGUCAUGUUUUUAAACCACUGUUUAUCAAGAUUGAUGACUACAAACCCUCUGUGUUUUUAUCAGAUUCUAAACCCACAGUUUUUACAUAGCUGCAGUGCACGUCUUUCACUGGCUUCAUUAGCUUCAAACCAGCACUUCGUCCUUUAUAUUAAGUCUAAUGGUACCACAGCUACUGUAAGUACAUAUCACUCUGGUCUUUUAGCGUUCUAAGGUGUAAAGAAUGGCAAUUGUUUACCAGUGGAAAAAAACAAAAACAAAUGUUUAGUCAUUUCUUUUAUAAAUAGUUAAUUGUUUCUUAUGUACAAAAAUGUUCGGUGGCAGUGUUUUAUGAAUUUGGUCUGCUCUAAGUAUGACUGUGCCUUUGGAGGUGGUAGAAUGCAAUCCAGAUGUUUUUAAUUUUAAAGAUAUAAAUUAAACAUUUUUAAAAUUGCA